AAAUAGCCACCAGUUGGGCACCGCGCUCUCAGUUCAAAAAAAACAAACCAACAGCAAACAACUCGAAAAAAGUCAAAUAAACUCAAAUUUCGCCAGCUAAGAGGAAAAUUUCAAAGUUAAAUAAGAGUUCAAGCUUAGGACGACAAGAUUAUAAAAAUAUUUAAAAUAGCCAAGAAACUAUAUAUAAUAUUUUAAAGAUAACAAUUAGCUGGAAUUUCAUCAGAUUUAUCAAAUUGCCAUAAGCAGUCUAAAGACUUAGCAAAUCAAGUUACCAAGCAUAUCAAAUAUAAUGCGUUCCUUACCGAUGUUCUGGAGAAUGGCCGAGGAGAUGGCCCGCAUGCCACGCCUCUCGUCGCCCUUCCAAGCCUUCAUCCACGAGCCGCCCGUUUGGAGUGUGGCGCUUCCGAGGAACUGGCAGCAGAUUGCCCGCUGGCAGGAGCAGGAGUUCGCCCCGCCGGCCACCGUUAACAAGGAUGGCUACAAACUCACCCUGGACGUCAAGGACUACAGCGAGCUGAAGGUCAAGGUGCUGGACGAGAGCGUUGUCCUGGUGGAGGGAAAAUCGGAGCAGCAGGAAGCUGAACAAGGUGGCUAUAGCUCCAGGCACUUCCUUCGACGUUUCGUCCUGCCGGAAGGAUACGAGGCGGACAAGGUGACUUCGACUUUGAGCAGCGACGGCGUCCUCACCAUCAGUGUGCCCAAUCCUCCAGCCGUGCAGGAGACACUCAAGGAGCGAGAGGUGACCAUCGAGCAAACUGGCGAGCCGGCAAAGAAGUCCGCCGAGGAGGCCAGUAACAAAGCCAGUCAGUAGGGAUAAGACGAAAUUAUACUAAACCUGAUCAAAUGCUAGUGAACCCCUAUGUUUAGAUAUUCCAACACCUUUCAAAUUUAAGUUCCUGUUAAAUUAACAAGCUAAUUUUAAAACAAUUGUGAUUCGGUAGCCCGCAAGCCCUACAUUGUUAAUUAUGUUUGCAGAAGAAAAUAAAUAUUUGAAACAUAGAUGAUCUAAAGAUA